AUGAUCGAAGGGUCAGUCGAUCAAGAGAUAGGCGACUCUCCUUUGAAGCAGAUCAUCACCAAGUACUUCCUAUCGUGCACCGCUGCUCUUGUCGCGGAAACUGUGACAUAUCCACUUGACAUAACUAAAACACGGCUUCAAACAGCUCGAAACAGGCACACUAAAGGAGGUAUGUUUCGAGUCACUUAUGAUAUUGUUCGAAGGGAAGGAGCUUUGAGCCUCUGGACCGGAGUUGGACCAGCUAUAACUCGUCACUACAUCUAUACUGGAAUACGCAUAGGAGCGUAUGAGUCUCUCAGGGGUAUGGUUUUUGAGAAAAAAAAAGAGAGAACAUUCCCGAUGUGGAAAUCCAUGCUUUGUGGUGCGAUAUCUGGUCUCGUAGCUCAGUUUGCUGCUAGCCCUACUGAUUUAGUAAAGGUGCAAAUGCAAAUGGAAGGCCUCCGUAGACUUCAACAACUUCCUUUACGGUACAACGGAGCAUGGCAUUGUUUUGUUUCCCUUUAUAGAACUCAAGGCUUUUUUGGUCUAUGGUUGGGAUGGAUACCAAACUGUCAGCGCGCGGCUCUCCUGAACAUGGCCGACAUUGCAACUUACGACUAUGUCAAACACAAACUGCUAGGAGAUUUCGAACUAUCGGAUAAUUGGUUAACCCAUGCCUUGGCCAGUGCAUGCGCAGGUCUGUCGGCUGCUGUGGUUUCCCUUCCAUCUGAUGUGGUGAAGACAAGAAUGAUGGAUCAAAUAAGGCAUGAGCUAGAUGCGAAAAUGGCUCAUGUGAAAAGCACGCAUGUUCAACUUUACAAUGGAUGCAUAGAUUGCUUCGUGAAGAUAGUGCGGGAUGAAGGAUUUUUUUCGUUGUACAGGGGAUUUUUGCCCACCUAUAUAAGGAUGGCGCCUUGGUCGCUCACUUUUUGGGUGUCUUAUGAAGAAAUUCGCAAGUUUGUUGGAGCUCCUAGUUUUUAG